UCUGUGUCUGGGUCCGUUGGCGGGCCCAUUCACAGGAGUGAACCGAUAGGUGAAGAACAGCUCCCCAGAUGGCUCACUACACAGAUGAUAAUCCUUUCCUUUGGUACAGAGUACGGGUUCUCCUUGGGCGCUUCGACUCAAACAGGUCUCAGAAUCGUACGGCUCCAGUCCUUUCUCGUCCAUCGCCGUAGUCGCACCGUCACAUGUGCGCAUAUGAGAGAGAUAGAAAGAGAGGGGGAGAAGAGAGAAAGAGACAGAGUGUAUACAAAGCAGUCACGAGCAUCUAGAUGCAGAGGUGAAGCAAAAAAUCGCGAAGAAAUAGCCGGGCAAUCAGAAGAGAAAAAGGGAGAAAAGAGCAAAAAAAGCCCAACAGAAUAAAAUAGAUCAAAUUGGACGAGAAGGUGCGUGAAUUCGAUCAAUCAGUGUUACUGUCCGGCGUCGUAUAUUUCGGCGAUAUUGAAUCAAAGCGACGAAAAUUACCGGUAGUGUUGUACAACAGAACGAAAUUUAGAAAAGCCGAGAAGAUAGGAGAAGAUUCUCUUCGGAUUUCAAUGUUAAAUAAUUGAAGGGGUGCGUGGUCCAAAAUUCUAGACAGAGAACGAACAUUUUCCAAAAAAUAGCAUAAGAUAAAUGUAACGUGUUAACUCAGAAUAGAACUCAGUUAAUCUUUGUCGGAAAUAGAUUUUUGUCGGCUUGAGUGAAACAGAAAAACCGGACGGGUUGACAGCGGAUACAAAUUUACUUGAGAACUACACUUGUGGAAACUGGUGCACACGUUGAAAUCACUAACUUUGAUCCAUUAUUUGAUCUGAUGACUUUGCCGAACGAGAACAACGAAAUGCUGCCUAGAAGAACGAAUGAAAGACAAAGAAAUCGAGAGAUGAACCAUAAGUGCAAGGUAUGCAAGGAGCCUGCAGCUGGUUUUCAUUUUGGAGCAUUCACGUGCGAGGGUUGCAAGUCUUUCUUCGGUCGCACAUAUAGCAACCCCAAUAGCGUGUCAGAAUGUAAGAAUGGCGGUAAUUGCGUGAUUAACAAGAGGAGUCGUACAUCCUGCAAAGCCUGCCGAUUGAAGAAAUGCUUAUUAGCCGGUAUGUCCAAAACAAUGUCACGCUACGGUCGACGUUCGAAUUGGUUUAAGAUGAGCCACGCAUUAACGCCAAAUCUACAGCAGAAACAAGUAGAACAGAGCGAAAAUCACCAUAUCGUUCCGUCCUUGCCUUUUCAUCUAUCUUCUUUAUUACCACAAUCUUACGUCCCUUCAGAAGAUGAGAGAAACGUUCCGUCGACCAGUCAGGCAAACUUAGAAAAUAUAGCCAGCGAUGCCUCGAGUUCUCACAGCAACGGGUUUCUUCCGUCCAACUGGUUUACCAACCUCCACUCACAAUUACCUAUCCAAGUAUCCUUGAACGAACUUAUAUCAUCGUCGGUAGACAAUCAAAACCCAAUUGCAAUGCAAUAUGCAUUGUCUUUAUCAGAGUCUUUAUCCUAUCGAUCACUGGAAGCAGCAAUGCGAGAGUCAAGAACCACAUCCGAGAGUGACGUCAGCGAAGAAGACCAUCAUCUCGAUGGAGAAUCUAGAAGCAGUUCGAGUCGAGUUUCACCGUUCGCUAAUAGGACAGAGGAGCCACCGCAAUCCAAUUCUAGAGUGUCGAUCAAUGGCAGCCUGAUGCUUAUGGACGCUCAUAAUCCUUAUUUAAACGCGUUAUAUUCGGCACCAACUAUGAUCACACCGGCGACAUACCCGGUGAGAGGUGGUGACUCACUUCUGGUCAGUCCUAAUCCUGGUGGUCUCGCCGACGAGCUGGACGAACCGAUAGACCUCAGCAUGCGAGGAGCGAGCGGUAGUUCAUCACGAUCUAAUGAGUUGUCGAAAAAAAGGGAGAAGAAGAAUCGCACAAACGAUACCAAUAUCUCGUCUACGGAGGAAGGCGCAGCAAAGCCACUCGAUUUAACACUCGACGCUACACCCUUGAAGUUGAAUCUUUAAGGUCUUAACUUGAUUACGCUCAAAAACCUUAAACGAUUUCGACAUAAUUGGACAAAAAGAUAUAAUUUUUUUUUAUAGGUACAUUAAUUCAGAUAUUUGAUCUUUUUUAUUUUAAUUUUAUAAUCAUUUUUGUCAUUUUUUUAUUCCAUUUCAAAUAAUACGAUUUCAAAAAGUUUGAGAUAUCGAACGAAGAAUUUAUGAGCAUUAUGAAUCAUUGAAAAAAAAAAAAAAAGA